UUCAUUUCUGAAAUGACGCAAUAAACCAAUCACGUUAUUAAUCGUUCGUGAAAAUCCGGGAACUGUAGCUAAUAUGAUGUAGGUAGGUUCGAUGCUGUGUGGUCCCUGUGCAAUCGGUGUUCAAGUGAUUCUCGAUAAAAUGGCAAAGCUGCGUAUUUUAAUGAAAUAGCUCUCUCUCUCCACAACAUAAUGAAGUCGGAAAAGAAAUCUAAAACACCUAUCCCCGCGGUGACUAAAAACAUAGCCACCAUGGACAUAAAUUACUCAGAUAGUAAGGAUGAGCUGGCAAAAGAGUCGACGGCGGAUGAGUCGGAACCUGAACGCGGGAAUUGGACUGGACGAUUUGACUUCCUCUUAUCACUGCUAGGAUAUAGCGUCGGGUUAGGAAACGUCUGGAGGUUUCCAUAUCUGUGUUACAAUAACGGAGGAGGUGCAUUUCUAAUACCUUUUACCAUAAUGCUAAUCAUUGCGGGACUUCCGUUGAUGUUUAUGGAGCUGUCUUUCGGUCAAUACGCUGCUCUGGGGCCAGUGGCUGUUUACAAUAGAUUCUGUCCGCUUUUCCGCGGCCUGGGUUAUGGGAUGGUCAUCGUCUCCAGUAUUGUCAUGUUAUACUAUAAUCUGAUCAUCGCUUGGACUAUAUACUACAUGGUCGUGUCAUUCGCGAGCAUCUUUUAUCAGUUGCCGUGGCAGAAUUGCGACGCCGAUUGGAGUACUAAAUAUUGUUACUCGUACGAGGAGGCUGACAGAUGCGAGGCAAUCAAUGGGACCUACUACUUACGUCAAUGUCUGAAUCAAACUUACGCGGCUCUACAUAACAUCGCUGCUUUAGCAGAUGUAGCUAUACGUAAACCACCGGCUGAAGAAUAUUUUACAAACCAAGUACUUGGGCUAUCUUCUGGAAUUGAAGAAACUGGUCAAAUCCGUUUGGGUAUGGCUGCUUGCCUUUUUGCCGCCUGGCUUAUCGUGUUUCUGUGCUUAUGCAAGGGUGUACAGUCAUCGGGCAAGGUGGUAUAUUUCACAGCCUUGUUUCCGUACGUGGUAUUGGUAAUUCUAUUUUUUCGUGGAGUGACAUUACCGGGGGCAUCCACUGGAAUUCUCUUCUAUCUGACACCAGAUUUUAGUCGACUUGCUAACGCUCAGGUAUGGGGUGACGCCGCAGUACAAAUCUUUUUUGCGUUAAGUCCAGCUUGGGGAGGUCUAAUUACGCUUUCUUCUUACAACAAGUUCUCUAAUAACUGUUACAUCGAUUCACUGAUAGUUGCCGUAUCAAAUAUUGCAACGUCAUUUUUUGCUGGUUUGGUAAUUUUCUCCGUAAUUGGAUUCUUAGCCCAUGAGCUAGAAGUGGGUGUGGAUAGAGUGGUGGACCAGGGCGCAGGUCUUGCUUUCAUAGUUUAUCCGGAAGUGGUAACUAGAUUACCAGUUUCACCGCUAUGGUCCAUUCUUUUCUUUGUUAUGCUGCUAACUCUAGGAUUGGACUCACAGUUCGCGCUCAUGGAGACAGUUACAACAGCAAUACUGGAUCGGUUUCCCACAUUUCGCCAGAAGAAAGUCUGGGUUGUUUUAACGGUUGCGGUAUUUGGAUACUUUGGUGGCCUAAUUUUCACGACUAAUAGUGGAAUGUAUUGGUUACAAUUGAUGGACAAAUAUGCAGCAAAUUGGUCCGUUCUUAUUAUUGCUAUUGGUGAAUGUAUUUUGAUUGCCUGGAUUUAUGGCGCGGAGAAGUUCUGUCGUGACAUACAAAGGAUGAUUGGAAAACAAUCGAAGCUCUGGGUUGUAUUUUGGAGCGCCAUGUGGCGGCUGAUAACACCAGCAGCCUUAGUGUUUAUACUGGUGUUUAACUGGAUCGAAUACAAACCGGCGUCAUAUGGACAGUACGUUUACCCGAUGUGGGCGGACGCAGUUGGCUGGACGCUUGGGGUACUUCCCAUUGUUGUUGUUGUGUUAAUGGCUGUCGAUCAAAUAUGUAGCGGACCUGACGACCUGACGAUUAUGGAGAAAGCCCGAAUGCUGGCUCGGCCAACCGAGGAAUGGGGUCCAGCUUCUGGACCAAUAUGUAGCGCCGUUUUACGUGCCGAGACGGAGCUGUCACCACCUGUACUGCUGCUGCACGGCCGCCCAGUUCUGCGCGAGCGGGGUGCAUGACCCCCGCACGCCCAUCCGCUCAUUGCUAUGCGGAAGGCCUCUCACGACGGUGCUGAUUCAAGUUCUAUAACCAGUGGUACAGAUAAUGAAACAAAG